AUGCCUCGUCAGCCCCAAGACCCGAGCAAAGGACGCCGCAGUCCACCCACCGAAUCUCCCGUCCCCGAAUCAGACCAAUACCAAAAGCCAUCCCGCAAACGUAUAAGAGAGGCCGACCUUCCCUCGAGCAGAGCUCCCAAACGUCAACGCAGUCCUCUCACUAGCAGUACUCGCCGCGACGAUCCCGACCCGCCCUCUCCUCCUCGUUCUCCCCCACGAAAGCGUCCUGGUGCUUCGUCCCGAAUCAGUGUCGCUGCCAGACAGGCCGCCGAACAGAAAAGACUGCAACGUGAAGAGGACGAACGCAAGCAAGUACAACAGAACAGAGCAACUGCCCCCACAGAUCUUGUCGCUGCCCAUUACAAUGCCGUCCCGGAAAGAGGUAGAGACUGGAGAAGAUCAGAGUCCAAGAUUCAAGGCUUACGCUCCCUCAACAACUGGGUCAAGUCAUGCAUGAUCCAAAAGUUUUCGCCGUCAGAAGACAGAGAUCAUCGCCCUAUCGUCCUCGACAUGGGAUGUGGUAAAGGUGGUGAUUUGCAAAAAUGGCAAUCUGCUCCUCAGACACCGCGUCUCUAUGUCGGUGUUGAUCCGGCCGAUGUUUCCAUUGACCAAGCAAGAGGUAGAUAUAUCGAGAUGCAACGACGAAGGAGGGGACCAAGAAACGCCAAACAUCUUGAAGCUCACUUCUUUGCUCAAGAUGCCUUCGGCGUCAGUCUGGCAAACAUUCCCAUAGUACGGGAGGUUGGUUUUGACCCUCACGCCGGUCCAGAUACCACUGGCGCGAUUACCGCUCGCUUCUCACAAGGCGGAUUUGACGUUGUCUCGAUGAUGUUCUGCUUGCACUACUCUUAUGAGAGCGAGGAAAAAGCCAGAGGAAUGCUCAAGAAUGUUGCUGGCGCUUUGAAAAAGGGUGGACGCUUCCUUGGUGUCAUGCCGAACUCGGAUAUCAUCCGCAGGAAGAUUGAGCAGCACAUGAAAGGUGGUGUCAAGACCUCAGAACCGGCAAAAGAAGAUUCACCGCCGGCUGGCCUGAACUACGACGAUGACGACGACUGGGACCCCGAAAAGCCCUCCAAAGACGCUGCUACUGGAAACGAUGAAUGGAAUCCUGAACAGAGUCUCGACCCACAUCUCCAAAACGAUGAAGACGAUUGGGACCCAGAAAAGCCCCUUCAAGCCCCUCAAGUCGCCAACGGUACCGGCAACGAUGAUGAUUGGGACCCAGAGAAGAGUUUGCAACCGACAGUCAACGGAACCGCCGAGAACGAUGACUGGAAUCCCGAAGCUCCACUCGACAACGCCAUCGCCGGUGACGAAAAACCAACUCCCAUACCCAAAACUGCAGCCCUCCCAACCGAGCCUCUGGAAUGGGGCAACUCCAUCUACAGAGUAAAGUUCCUAGACUCACAACCGCUACCCUUUGACGGCGUCUUCCGCCCUCCCUUCGGCUGGAAAUACUUCUACUACCUCGAAGAAGCAGUCGACGUUCCCGAGUUUGUGGUGCCUUGGGAAGGCUUCCGUGCCCUUGCUGAAGAGUAUGGCUUGGAGCUUAUGUAUCGCAAGCCGUUCCCCGAGGUCUGGGAAGAUGAAAAGGACGAUUAUGAGUUGGGGCCGUUGAGCGAGAGGAUGAGGGUCAAGGAUAGAGAAGGAAGGUUCUUGGGUACGAAGGAGGAGAUGGAGGCCGCUGGUUUCUACCAUGCGUUUUGCUUCUACAAAAUCUAG